AUGUCUGCCGUAGACAAGCGUCUCAUCGAUAUCUUGGCGGUGGUCAGCUCAGCCCGCUACGAGGACAUUGCGAAGCUGUCCGGGAUAUGCAAGCUGUGCGGCGAGCUCCGCCAUGUCGCCGUCGUUUGCUUCGAGCGAGGCCGUUAUGGAGAGAUCUUUGAAUAUCGCAGUCGAAUCCAACCCACGAUGGAGACCCUCGGGGAGGCGCGUGCGCAGGCGGCGAAGCUCCGCAACCCACCCGCGAAGUUUGGCGGGUGGAUCUGCAUGUCCACCGUGCCGGCCUUUUACAAGAGCCCGCCGCCGUCUCUGAAAACCCUCCUCAAUAGGUCCCUGGAGGAUAGCCCGGCUGCGCAAGGACGCACCGCGAUUGUAGAAGGCUUGGUGUACGUACAGGACGGCUACGGCCCCGUGUCGAUCCCCCUCCUGGGGGAGAUCGAUCCCAAUGGCGAGGCCAUUGUCAUCAACGGCCACGGGGCGGAGCAGCCGCUCCUCCACCAGGCCGUGCGCACGCUCAACAGGUACAUCGGAGCCGUUGGGUACGCUCCAUCACCCGAAAAUCCUCACUUUACCCUCGACGUCUACGAUCCUACGGCCGAAACGUUCGUACCGCGCUCUCUCCGCCCCGUGUUCCCUCUUCGCCUCGCGCUGCCUCUGCAGUCCGUGCCCGUCAUCAAGCGGUCCGUGGUGACCCUAACCUCCUUCGCGCAUGCCUACGCCACGGGCCAGAGAGCUUUCGCAGCGCCCAUGUGUUCGAUGAAGUUCGACUUCAUCGACGCAUCCUGGACUUGGCCAGUGGGGUUGCGAGCCCAACGCCAAGUCAUGCAAGCAAGCUGGAGGGUCAGAAACCUCGGGGCGCCCCUUGGUACGUGCGCUGUCCGACCGCUUCUGCAUGAGCCGGGAGCCAUCGUUGUACCUGCGGUGCCGGAGGACCUUCGAGUGUUGGGUCGCGGGCACAAGGAGCGGGAUCUUGAUAGCGAUAUGGACUCGGAUGCGGCGGGCGUGGACACUGACGGUGAUGACGAGGCUGAGGCCGACUUGGACUUUUAG